CGUGUAUAGGUUGCGAGUCUACCACUUGUCUAAGGUUUUGCCUCAUUCGCCGGAGACCCGGUUUUGAACAUCCUCCUACGAGUACUGUAAUUAUCAGAGCCGUGUUUAUAACACCCACACUCGUUUCGACCAUUUGAUGGAUUCCCGUGUUUACAGCAGAGAGGAGCUACUAAAGCUCAGAGAGGAGCUUCCUCGCAAGAUCUUGAACAAGCUCCAGUCAAGCAGCGCAGCUGGUAAGCGUAUAUAUCUUUCCCCUUCUUAGUCCCAUUCCUACCCCCCUUUUCCCGCAGGUGUCACUGAUCCAACCACACCACGUCUUUCUGCUCAACCUUUGGAUAUCAUCUAUUUUCGCGUUUAAAUCGGUUUAAAGACCUCAUCCUUUACGAAUUCAAAAAGUUCUCAUUCUAACGACCUUAGUUAAUCUAGCCAAAAACCCAGCUGGUGGCAACAUGUCGUCUGCCAAGGAUCGACGCCUCAAAAAGGCUAACGAGGAUAUCUCUUCGUCAGCUGAAAGUGACGAGGUCAUCUUCCAAGGCAAGAAGUCGCGUCAAAAUAACCAGUGGCAGUACCGAGGCCGCACUGGUUCUGAAGUUACUUCCGCCGAACCGGUGUCUGCUCCUGUAGGUCUCGGCGCCCAACAGAGCGAAGGCUUCCAACGCUUUUUCAAAGCAGUUGUAUCCCCUACUCAUGUUCGAGUAACUGCUGGUGGUAGAAUUGUUCCCAACACCCGCGGUUCCGCAUCCCCUACAGCGAAAUGGGACAAGGAACGCUCAGCUAUUGCCGUACAAGACUCCGUGGAGACGUCUAAAGAAGAGAAGCACGCUUCUAGCAAUGGGAUCGGUACCAGCUUCCCUCAUCCUUUGAUUUCGCCACCUCUUACUGGCCAUCCGCCUUUCUUUCACCACAUGGGCGUACCCAUGCCGAUGUACCCCUUUCACCAAGGAUUUCCGAUGGCUUACGGAAUCCCCCCUCACAGUGUUCAUUGGGCAGGUAGACAACCCAUGCCAUCCCUGAGCCAACAAGAUGCUGAGGAAGCAGAGAAGACUCUGAAGAGUCAAGACGGCGCCGGCGAUAAGAAGCCGAGGCCGGCACCGAUUAAGAUUGCACCUCGAAGUGAGACGGAACUCAAUAGACCAUUCUACCACAAUGGGAAUGUGAUCUACCCCGCAGCCUACGGACCAGGCCAAGGUCCAAUGCCCAUGAUGCUUACGAGCCCUUACUAUGCACCAGGCAUGGGUGGACACCCAACCUUUGCCAGUGUUCAUGCGGCUUCAAUGGGCCAGCCAUCCCCUGCAACGCCCAUGUUCAGUCCUGUCGCUUCUCCAGCAGUAUGUGGUCCUCUUAAUAGCAGUAAUGCUUUUCUCCAGCCAUCCCCAGCGGCUGUCCCUGGAUUUACUCCCCACAUCACGUCAAUUCGCCCAAGCGAGAUCACUAGGCGUCAGCUUGAAGCGUUGCGAAAUUCCCUCAAGUACUACAAGGAUCAGCAACAGUUCAAUAAGCACCAGAUCGAUGAGAAGUGGGUUGCGCAGGAGGUACAAAAGCUUGAGAAAAGCGUGAAAGAGUUCGAGUACAACUACGAGAUGCAGUCUAAAUUCGAGGCAAUCCACUACCCUCCUCAGCCUGCACCAAAUUCGGGACGCUCAAGCGCUAGGAGCCGCAGAGGACCUAACAAUUCCCGAAAUAGCUCGAUGAGCGCUCAUAGCCGUGGCCGUGGACGCGGACGCGGAAGUUUCCAGUCCUGUGAGCGAGGCGGUUCGUUGUCAAGUAACAGGAGGAAAAACCGACAGGCCAUUGGCAUCAACUCUAACAUAGGGAUGAGGUCCCCAUUGGACCGGGAUUCGGAGGAGUACAUAGAGGCAAUCAUCUGCAAGAAGGUUGAGGCCAUCGAAAAGGCUAAGGAGGAGGCUAAGGCUAAGGAAGAGCAACUUGCCCAGCAAGCGAAGAGCGUCGGAUUAUCUGGCAAUGCUUCCGUGGCGUAUAAACCCGAGUACGGACUAAAGCCUGUCCAUACGCCUCAGUCCGAAGGUCCUGUGUCACAGGCUGGAGUACCGGCUGCUGGAGUUUCACCUUUUGAUGGCCGAGGUGAUUGGAAUGGUGCAUGCGCUCCUAGCAUGUAUCCGAAUAACAGCGUGAUGCCAACGAAUGCUCAGCUGUCGCCUAUGAACAUUGUUCCAGGUAGUUACUCCCAGCCAUACCUCGUUGGAUCGUUGCCACGAGGAGUGACACCGCAUAGUGCUCGUGCCACCGAUUAUAUCUAUGCACGACCCUUAACUGAGGAAGAAAAAAGGGCACGAAGUCACUACUGGGGUCAGUUUCCAAGUGCUGGAACCGGCCUGCCGAAGUUCGAUGGAAAGGACUUUUAUCCGCCCUCCCCUGUGAAAGCUGAUGGAGCUUCAGCGCAAUCUAUCAUCCGACAACCAUUGCCAUCGGGUAGCUUGCUUCCAGAAACCGAUCCGUUUCGCCCUAGCCGUGACGUACACGGCGCACGCAUCAAAGAGACGGGUCAUCGAGUGAGCAAAGCUAUCCCCAUUGUGGCCCCGAAGGAUGCUACUCAAAGUGAAUCCAAAGCAGCAAGACCUUACCUCUCGGCGUUCCAGAGAGAAGAGGGUAUUGAAAACGUUCAGAACCUCUCCAACUGGAUGGGAGAUAUGGAAUUGUCGUCGUCAGCUAAGUCACUUGAGGACUCUGCCUCUAAGACGAAGCAGGACAAGCUCGGUCGUCAAGCCUUCGAGAGAUCCAGUAGAUCUGGCAACGAACUUUGGCACACGAUGCUGAAAAGAGGCUCGACCAGCGGGGCUGCACUCCCUAGUGCAGUAUCCUCCACGACGGCUACGGGGUAUUUGCCCCAGUACCAUGGACACGCCGCAGCAUCUCUUGGCCCGACAAUCUCCAACACGAACGGGUCCACAACCCAGGCUUCGCCCGAGGGAAGUAAGACGGCGGACCGUGCUAGCUCUCAUCUGUCCGCCGAGAAAGUGGGUGAGAAUCGUCGCCCGAGCGAAACACGCUCGGAGGAGUACGAUCCACUGAAGGAUAUUCAGGAGCGCAUGCUCCGUGAUGCUGAGCGACGUGGGGUUAUUGGCUCAGACUGGUGA